AUGUCUGCAUCUGUGCAGGCAACGGAUGUAGCCAUUGCACUACCGGCAGGGGGUCCUCCAAGUGAUUCCUCGACGGGCCCAGCAUGGAGAGAGGCUGGCAGUCAAAAGGAGCAGCGGCAGUGGAUUGAACAAAGUGUUCGGAUGAGGGCGCAGCUGCCUCGUCAGGAUGCAGAUGCAACCGGAUCUCCUCUCAGUGGUGAGCCUUUCUAUUCCACCACUGGAGCAACAGCAAAUGAGGCUCGGGAUGUGCCCCCUGCGCCGCAAUGCGCAGCAGGUGCAGCUGCUCCAAAACUGGUGGCUCCUGGAAGUGGCGGUUCGUUGAAAAGGAUGACAAGGGUUGAAGAGCUGCAGGAGAUGGACAUGGACAUCAAGGAAGUUCCAGGGAAUUGCUCCACGGCCACCAGCCGAAAGAGCCCGACCACACAGGCCUGUUGCAAGGAGGCAGUUGAGCGAUUGUCAGUCACUGGACAGAUGAGGCAGGAGUAUCUUCGCCACCAGCGCUUGACUUAA